GUCACGUGACUCAACGGAACCACCUAUCAGCUUUGCUCCGAGAUAUUCAAAUCAGCAGCGCGGCAGUUGUUCAGACACUUAGACCGGUUUCAGCUACGCGCUGUUUCAGCUGCCACCAUGGACUCUGCCUGGCGCUGACAUGGAGGAUCAGAACGCUCCUCUUGGGCCUUACCGGGCCACCAAGCUGUGGAAUGAAGUAACCACAUCUUUUCGAGUAGGAAUGCCUUUAAGAAAACAUAGACAACAUUUAAAAAAAUACAGCAAUUGCUUCACUGCAGGAGAAGCAGUAGAUUGGCUUUAUGAUCUACUAAGAAGUAAUAAUAAUUUUGGUCCUGAAGUUACAAGACAACAGACUGUUCAAUUAUUGAGAAAAUUUCUUAAGAAUCAUGUGAUUGAAGAUAUCAAAGGUAGAUGGGGAUCGGAAAACCUUGAUGACAACAAUCAACUAUUCAGAUUUCCUGCAACUUCUCCGCUUAAAACUCUUCCACAAAGACAUACAGAAAUCAGGAAAAUGAAAGAGUACUUUUCCAAAGAUAAAGACAGUAUUUUUAAAUUACGAAACUUAUCUCGCAAAACUCCUAAGAAGCGUGGAUUACAUUUCUCUCAGGAAAAUACAGAAAACAUAAAUCAUGAGAGGAUAGUUAAUGAAGACCAAGAAAACUCAGCUGACAACAGAGAAAUAAGCCAGGAAGAUGUUCAAGAAGUUUGGAGAUAUAUUAUUAUGAUCUACCUGCAAACCAUUUUAGGUGUGCCAUCCAUAGAAGAACUCAUAAACCCAAACCAAGUAAUUCCUCAAUAUAUAAUGUACAACAUGGCCAACACAAAUAAGCAUGGAGUGGUUAUGCUACAAGACAAAUCAGAGGAUCUUCCACACUGGGUAUUAUCUGCUAUGAAGUGCCUAGCAAAUUGGCCAAGAAGUAAUGACACCAAUAAUCCAACUUAUGUUGGAUUUGAACGUGAUGUAUUCAGAACAAUUGCAGAUUAUUUUCUAGAUCUCCCUGAACCUCUACUUACAUAUGAAUAUUAUGAAUUAUUUGUGAACAUUUUGGUUCUUUGUGGCUACAUCACAGUUUCAGAUAGAACGAGUGGGAUACAUAAAAUCCAUGAUGAUCCACGGUCUUCAAAAAUCCAUCAUUUAAGCAAUUUGAAUUCCUUCAAAUCAACUGAGUGUCUUCUUCUCAGUCUGCUUCACAAAGACAAAGGCAGUGAAGAAUUGGAUUCUACUGAAAGACUGCAAAGAAAUGAUCAAGGAUUUCAAGAAAGAUGUGCCAAGAAAAUGCAGCUAGUUAAUUUAAGAAACAGAAGGGCUAGUGCUAAUGACAUAAUGGGAGGAAGCUGUCAUAAUUUAAUAGGCUUAAGUAAUACACAUACCCUGUCCUCUAACAUCAAACCAAGGUGCUCCUCUUUGGAAGGAAUUAUAGAUAUGCCAGGGAAUUCAAAUAAAAAGGUGUCCAGAAUCUUCUACCAGUCUUUUCUGAACAUAGAAGAACAAAAUAGUAAUCAAUCUUUAGUGCCAAUGCCCAAACAGAAAUCUCUAUUUAAUCUUCACUCAGAAGAAAAUAUUCAACAGCCAUACUGUGUUGGUUUUAAAAGAACCUCUGCUUUGACUGUUCAAGACCAAGGGGAGUUAUGUAAAGGAAAGUAUAAUUCAAAACAGCUUUGUAGAUCUCAGAGUUUGCUUUUAAGAAGUUGUACAAGACAGGAUAGAUAUAUCAAUACACCCAUGGCUGAAAUUAUAAUGAAACCAAAUGUUGGACAAGGCAGUACAAGUGUACGAAGUGAGCUCGGAGAGUCUAAUACCACAAUCAAUAAAAGACUGUGCCAAAGCACAGUAGAACUUUCAGAGAAUUCUUUACUUCCAGCUGCUUCUAUGUUGACUGGCACACAAAGUUUACUGCAACCUCAUUUAGAGAGAGUUGCCAUCAAUGCUCUACAGUUAUGUUGUUUGUUACUUCCCCCAUCAAAUCGUAGAAAGCUUCAACUCUUAAUGCGCAUGAUUUCUCGAAUGAGUCAAAAUGUUGAUAUGCCCAGACUCCAUGAAGAAAUAGGUACAAGAUCAUUGAUGAUACGUACUUUUUCUCGGUGUGUACUGUGUUGUGCUGAGGAAGUGGAUCUUGAUGAGCUUCUCGCUUCAAGAUUAGUUUCUUUCCUAAUGGAUCAUCAUCAGGAAAUUCUUCAAGUACCCACUUAUUUACAGACUGCAGUGGAGAAACAUCUUGACUACAUUAGAAAGGGCCACAUUAAAAAUCCUGGAGAUGGACAAGUUGUUCCUUUGCCAACAUAUUCUUACUGUAAGCAGAUUAGUACUCAAGAGUAUAAUGAGCAGAAAAUUUCAGCUUCUCAAGCUGCAAUUGAAGAACUUUUGGAGAAUAUUGUUAGAAGUAAAAGCUUGCCUCUAAAGGAGAAAAGAAGAAAACUGAGACGGUUUCAGAAGGAAUACCCCUUGAUAUAUCAGAAAAGAUUUCCAACCACUGAGAGUGAAGCAGCACUUUUGGAUGACAAACCUACAAUCAAACAACCAAUGCUGAGUUUAAGAAACCCAAAGCUUCACAGUCUGCGAUACUGAAUUAAAACUUCAAUAAAUGAAGUCAUACAUGAGAAUAUUUCUACUUAAAAGGAAAUCUAUUAACAUUAUUGUUUCCCUUAUAAGGACCUUAUAUAAGGAGUUGGCAAAAUAGUUUUUUUAUCCAUAUACGGCUGCUAAAGCUACUGGAUCUCAGCUAAGAAUACCUAACAAAAGCCUAUACCAAAUAUCUUAAUUAGAAACAAUAUUUUUAAUAUAUUAUUCUAGUAAGGGUGUCAGGAUUGUAUCAUGCAGAUGAAAUUGUGGUGCUGUUUUGAAAGAAAACAUGCCUGUGUCUAUGUGUGCUUACGGAUAUUAGCUAAAGAACUGGUUGUUUAGGAUUGCUUCUUUAUUUUUAAGUAUCAGAACAUGAAGAAUAUUCUACUCUUUUGUAUAAUCUUUUUAUACUUAUGAUCUAUUUAAAUGUAUAUAAACACACACUUGUAGCUUGGUUUUUGUUUAUUAGAAUUUGGUUUAUUGGGAGCUAAAGGGGGUUAGUUUUUGAGAUAAAGUCUCACUUAUGUACUGCAUUCUGACUUCUCAAACUCAUUUCUCCUGCCUUAUAUUCCUGAGUGUAGGAAUCCACAUGUGUACCACUAUCCCUGGCUUUAUGUGUUUAUUUUUUUUAAUCUUUAAUAGUUUUGUUUUCCCCUAAACAUUAUCUCAACUACUUCAGUCUUUUUUUUCCAGAAAUAUCUUUUGAAUCUUUACAUUUAUCAUCUAUUCUAAUACUGAAAUAGAUGUAUGAUAGUUAUUUAGCAACAACAGUGUGCUUUUCAUUGUUUCUUAAAUGUGGUAACCAUGAUAAAUAAAGCAAAAUUUCUUCUCUUUA